AAAAGACCGAACUACGGAUUGUGGUGAAUAUUAACAAAAUAGAAUCCCUUUAUCUUUCCUUUUGUGGCCCAUUCAUCAAUAUUAUAACAGUUUGGUAACUUUAGAUACAUAAUGUCCAGUAAAAAAAGAAAAGACAGACCUAAAAAGCGUAAAUUCAGUGGAAAUAGAUACACCCGAUUUUGUUCUAUCAAUGUUGAACAUGAUAAUGACGAUGGUAUUGAUGUUCUAGUGGAAGCUGAAGUUACUGAGAAAAGUGCAUCAAGAUCAAAGCUUGGUACUCCUUCAAAUACUGCUGAGACUAAUACAGACAAUAUUGAAGGAUAUAGAUUUAUAGAUGCUGAACUUUUUAUUUCAUUUUUGUGCAAGUUUCCAUGCAAAAAAUGCUUAGAAGAAGGUGGGCUUAAAGUUUCGGAAUAUCGUGUUGGACUAGCUUCUAAAUUCACCGUAACAUGUAAUAGAUGCCCCGGUCCCAAGCCAUUCAAGACCGUUUUUUAUAGUUCAACAAAAGUCGGUUCUGAAAAUGGUGGACAAGGACGUUGUUUCGAUAUAAACAAACGCUUACCUAUGGCAAUGUUUGCCAUUGGUCGGAAUUAUGCGCAAGCUAAACGGUUAACAGCAAACUUGAAUAUGCCUCCACCUCAAUCCCUGUCAUGUUGGCAGAAACACGCAAAAAGUUUACAUUCUGCUACAAGAAAUGUUGCAGAAUCUAGUAUGCAAAAAGCUGCAGAUGAGAUUCGAGUGGGCAGCAUGUCUAAUGUGACAGUUUCUUGUGAUGGUUCGUGGCAGCGUAGAGGUUUUUCAUCUAAAAAUGGUGUUGCUACAGUAUUGACUGUACCUGUUUGCGGGAAAUCAUCAAAAGUCAUUGACACACAGACCUUAUCAAACUACUGUUCAGCAUGUCACAUUAUGAAAAACAAACUCUCUGAACCAGAAUUUCAAAUUUGGACAAAAACACAUGAAUGUGAAAAAAAUCACACUGGAUCAGCUGGUGCUAUGGAGCCUUCUGGUAUGCUUUCAAUCUUCCGCUGUUCGAGAACCACCCGAAAACUUGCAUAUUCUGGAUAUCUUGGAGAUGGUGACAGCAAAUCCUAUAGUGCAGUGGCAAACGCUUACCCACCCAUCUAUUCCAGACCAUGUGUGGCUAUAAAGAAAUUGGAAUGCUGUGGCCACGUACAGAAACGAAUAUACCGCAGAUUGACUGACAAAGUGUCGGAAUACAAACACAAAACAUUUGUGGAGAAUGGUAAAACAUUCAAAGGGAUUGGUGGCGCUGGCCGUUUAACUCAGAAGGCAAUCCUUAGGAUACAAGGUCAUUAUGGAGCAGCCAUUCGUGGUAAUCCAGGCGACGUGAAAGCUAUGGAAAAGGCAAUCUGGGCCAUCUGGAAGCAUCGUUCACGAGAUCACACUGAUUGUGGAGACUGGUGCCCGUCAAAGUCUGGGAAGGGUGGUGACGCAAACAAAAAUGCUCUUCCAGAAUUUGUUUGCACAGCAAUAAAACCUGUGUUUAAAAUCCUAUCUAGUGAAGACCUCCUACAGAAAUGUGCCCACGGUGGAACACAAAACACAAAUGAAUCAUUCCACAAUUUGAUCUGGGAACGCUCUCCUAAAGUCACCUUUGUUGGGCGCCGCCGCCUAGAAACAGCCGUUGCUGAUGCAACUAUUGUAUACAAUGAUGGUGAAAGUGCUAGAGUGGCAAUAUGUGAAACAAUGGGACUCAAGCAUGGGUCACAUUUAACUGGUGGGUUUUCAAAAAUUGACAAGAAACGAGUGGACAAUGCCCAUGUGUCGGGCAAAUCGGCUGUAAUAAAAGCGCGUCGUGCACGGUCAAAUGUAUCUGCAGCCCAAAAAGAUGACAGUACAUAUGAAGCAGGGAGAUUCUGAACUUUUGACAUCUUAUAUGAUAUCUUCAUACACCCAAAAAGAUGAAAACAUCAUAUAUAGACCAAAAAAGACAUUUGGAAACAAACACGAAAGUUUAAAGAUGAUUUUCUCAUUAUGACUUUUUCCACAUUUAUCUCUCACUCUUGGCGUAAUAUUUUGAAAACUAUUUAAGGUAUUGCUAUGAAAUUUUCAGUAGUUAUUUGUUAAAUCUUACUUACAAAACUGAACUAGACUGAGUAAAUUUAAGAAAAUAAUAAUAUUUUUACAAUGUAUUAUGUAAGUGACCAUCAUCCGAUAUUUAGGCUCAUGCCUGAACAUUUUCUCCUAAUUUGUUUUUCGGCAAAGUUUGAGCUGUGAUUCUAGUUCAGUGUAAUAAGGACACCUCAAUGAAGCAACAUACAAGUUUUCAGCAAUAUUGAACUAUCCGUUAUGGAGAUAUCAUGUCAUAAUGUUGGCCGAUUGGACAGAAUGGGCGGCCAUCUUGUUUUUCUAAUUAGCAUAAAAUAUGCAAAUAUUUUUACAAAAAAUAAUUAAAAUUUUAAUCUCCAA